AUGAGAUCUGUUUUGGUAUUGAUUGCGGUUAGUAUCGCCUAUGUGUCAGCUGAACGGCCGAAGCUUAAAGACAGUACAGGAGCAUUUUUAGUAAAGAUCAGCGACAUACCAGUUGGUUCAUGCGGAUCUGAUUCGUAUUUCGGACUGGGUAUGAUGAACGGUAGUCUGGAGGAGUGCGAAAGGUGGCAACUUACCGAUCCUGUAGCUGUACGAGAAUACGAAGAGUAUAAAUGCAAACAUCUUCGAGUGCAUGCUCGAAUGCACCGUGGCAAAUGCGUCUGCGAACCGAAAUGGAAGGGACCGAUUUGCAACGAAUUCGAAGGCUGUCCCGAAGGACAUGCGUUACAUGGGAAAGUGUGA